AUGUUAUUUUGGGUAUUUGUGAUUUUAUUUUUUAAAGUAUCACAAUGCCAACGGGGACAAACCCCCUACCACCUGGUGCAUAUCAACCAGAUGGACAAUUUGGCACAAUUCGAUGAUGCUCAACAUCGAGGUCCCAAAUGGUACGACUACUCCGUCAACUCUCUAGAGGCUGCCAGCAGCCUGGAGGAUGAGAAGAGUUCGACUUUAGAAAUAUCAAAAUAUUCGUCGGUGAGCGACGAAGCAUCAUCCGCCUCGUCCAAGGAAACCAACGAAAGGAAACGAGCGACACAAAGGUACCGGACCUGUCACGCUUGCCCUCAUGAUAUGUUGAAGAAGUAUACGAAUAUUGGUAUCAAGUGGAUUUGUGCUGGUUACCAGCGUGCCAGGCGGAGCUUCAAGAGUGAGUGCAUGCUGAGGUACAGGAACUGUCAGGAUGGAACCAUGUUCGUGAAGGUGCACGAGCACAAAUGUAAGAACGACACCUACCACGGCAGACACUGGUUCUACGGCUACCAAGUGUGA